AUGCUUAUGUCAGAAAUGCGAUCGUCAGAAGAACCAAAACAUACAGUCUUUUAUCACACCGAAGGGAAACUUAAAAAAGGCUUCACCAAAAAAGGCCCCAAAAAGCCAGGCUCACCACCAGAAUUCAAAAAAGACUCAGCCUCCUCCACGUCCGAUAGUGACCCAGCCAAAGCACUUCCAAUCCCCCACGGAGACAAUCCAUAUGCCAAAGCCAAACAAGCUGAAUACAAAGACAAAGAUUACAAAAAGGCCGAGCUCUACUACAAGCAAGCCAUAGCCCAAGGCGAUAGAGUAGAAAGCGCAGUUAAGGACUUAGCCAGUUUAUUGCACCAGCGAGGCAAAACCGCUGAAGCCUGCAAGCUUUUGGAGACCCACCGCGGUUUAUUUGUAAAUGAUUUUGAAAAGUACCAAAACUUGUACAAUACCAUUUACAAGCAGUUAGACGAAACUGCUAGCUCUCUCAGCAGGAUUUUAAAAGUUUCAGGGCUACAUAAAGAUGAAACUUCUGAUAAAGUGAGGGAGCUGUUCAACAAUUCUUCAAGAAUUUUAGAAGUGGUGAUGGGAACUGAAGAGGAGGAUGGGGACACAAAUUAUUACGCUUUCCUCAGAUUCAAUUCUCACUCUUCAGCUAGAAAAGCUUUAGAAGGCUUCAGAAACUGGACUCGGCACAGAGUGGAGUGGGUCAGGAAAUCUGGAGAAAUCAUAGGAGACGCCCAUUAUGCCCGUCAUAAAAUGGAGGAAUACAGAAAAGCUAACCCAACGUUCGACUAUAUCAUUUUUGAAAGAGACCCUAAAGGCUACGUCCUUAGCUUGCCAAUUGAUGGACACAGCGCAAAAAAAGAAGACUUCUCUGAAGGCGAGCUUUCGGUCAAAGGGCUACUUGGAAGCGAACUUUAUGAGUCCAUUUUUAAUUAUAUGGACGCCUCGCCAAUCAACUCUUUACGAGUGUCUGAAGUGCGUGUAAACUAA